AUGGCUACUUCAAACUUCCCUCACAACAAGAAAAGGACACUAUAUGUUGGAGGAUUUGGCGAGGAGGUGACAGAGAAGGUUUUGAUGGCGGCCUUCAUUACAUUUGGGGAUAUCGUCGCAAUUUCUAUACCAAUGGAUUACGAGACAGGGAAACAUCGAGGAUUUGGCUUCGUGGAGUUUGAACUGCCGGAAGAUGCAGCAGCAGCGAUCGAUAAUAUGAAUGAGAGCGAAUUGUUUGGACGAACAAUCAGGUAG